AUUCAAAUUCUUUAAAGGGUGUGCUCACUGAUUACCACUUUGCUAAUAUGUCUAAGUUACAGUACUUGGAUUUAUCUGGCAACUCAUUCAGCUUGGCAUUUACUCAAAAUUGGGUUCCACCUUUUCAAUUGCUAUCUAUACACUUGAGAUCUUGCCAGCUAGGUCCAACAUUUCCCACGUGGUUGCAGUCACAAAAUAAAUUUGUCCAUAUUGACAUUUCAAAUGCUACAAUAUCAGAUAUUAUUCCUAAAUGGUUUUGGGCUAAAUUAUCUCUACAAAGAGUGAUGACAAUGAAUAUUUCAUACAACAGACUACAAGGUGCAAUUCCAAAUGUUUCAUCAACGUAUGUUUCUACUUCCAUGCACCUUGGAUCAAAUCAAUUUGAAGGUUCCAUUCCUCUAUUUUUACGGAAUUCUAAAAUUCUUGAUUUAUCAAAAAAUAAAUUCACAAAUCCUCUUUCAUUUUUGUGUGAAGAUAAUGCAAUUUCAGUUCAAACUCAUUUAGACAUUUCAGAUAAUCAGUUAUCCGGAGAUAUCCCAGAUUGUUGGAAACAAAUUAAUUCACUAGUUUAUUUAGAUUUAAGCCACAAUAACUUUUCAGGAAAAAUACCAACUUCAAUGGGAUGGCUUCUUGAUCUUCAAGUAUUAUUGUUGAGAAACAAUAAUUUAGUAGAAGGUAUCCCUCUCUCCAUAAGAAAUUGCACAGAACUAGUAAUGCUUGAUUUGUCAGAAAACAAAUUAUCAGGACCUAUCCCUGAUUGGAUUGGGACAAAAAAAGAGUUGCAAAUAUUAAAUCUGGGAAAGAAUGAAUUCUUUGGGAGUUUACCAUUAAUGGUUUGUUGUCUAAGAAACCUUCAUAUUUUGGAUCUCUCAUUAAACAGCUUAUCUGGGAAAAUUCCUAAAUGCAUAAACAACCUUACUUCAAUGACUAAAACAACAUCUUCAAUAUAUGAUGAAAGGCAUGUGUAUGAGUUGAAAAAUUUUCCUUUAGGCCGCAUUCCUUACUAUUUGAAUGCAUGGUUGACAUGGAAAGGUUCAAAACAAAAGUUUAUGGAUAAAGGUUUGUCACUUUUAAAAAUCAUUGAUCUCUCAAGCAAUCAUUUUUCAGAAGAAAUUCCUAUAGAAAUAGAGAAAUUAUCUGGACUGAUUUCGUUGAACUUAUCAAGAAACAAUUUGAUUGGAAAAAUUCCUUCAAACAUUGGAAAUAUGACAUCACUUGAUUCUCUUGAUUUGUCAAGAAAUCGACUUGGUGGUUCAAUUCCUCCAAGUCUCACUCAAAUUUAUGGACUUGGUGCAUUAGAUUUGUCUCAUAACCAUCUAACUGGAGAAAUUCCUAAAAGCACACAAUUGCAGAGUUUCAAUAAAUCUAGUUAUGAAGGUAAUCUUGAUCUUUGUGGACCACCAAUUGAAAAAUUGUGUAUUGAUGGAAAGCCAACACAAAAAUCAAACGUUAUUGUUUAUAAAGAUGAAUAUUCAUUUUUCAAUAAUGAAUUUUUCAUAAGUAUGGGAAUUGGAUUUGCUCUAAGUUUUUGGAUGGUGUUUGGCUCAAUCUUAUUCAAACGUUCUUGGCAACGGUCUUAUUUCAACUUCUUGAACAACUUAGAAGACAAUGUUCAUGUCAAAAUAGCAAUAUUUGUUAGAGAACUUAAGCUGGACAAAGAUUAACAGGCACUUGAAACCCAUCCUCUUCCACGACUCCACCUUUGAG